GAGGCGUGCAUAAGGUGGUGUGGGUAGUUUGGCUGCAAACGUCAGUAUGGUGUGAAGUGCUCGUGACAGCUACAGAAAUAUCUGUUGAUAGUGUGUGUGGUUGCAGUGUAGAUGCGACGUGGUCUGUCUUGAUGCCUUUUUAAAAAGUUAGAUUCGUUAUGAACUCGCCAAAGCUGGCCGACAAAAUUCCGAGAGCUCAGGCGAAGCGAUCAAAGCAACAGUCAUCGCAGAUCGAGCAUAGUGAAGGGGAGGCAGAAUUGUCACCGGACGAAUCCUACGCGGCUGCUUUACCAGAUUCGCAGAUCCUGGAGCGCGUCAAGCCCGACCGCGUCACCGCCAGCAAGCCCGAGGAGGACCGCAGGCGCCGCACCAUCAUCGUCGAGAAGAAGAACGGCUCCUUCGGCUUCACGCUGCAGAGCUAUGGAAUACACUACAAGAAGGAACAAGAAAUUGAAAUGAUCACAUAUGUUGAUUAUGUUGAUUUUGAUGGCGCUGCCUUUCGAGCUGGUAUGCGAGAAGGAGAUGUCAUUCUCUCAAUCAAUGGGCAUGAUAUGGAAAAAGCAGACCAUAAGACACUUGUUAAUUUCAUUAAAAACUGUGAUUCAAGGAUGCGGAUGGUGGUGCUAUUUGAAGACUGUGUCCGAAAAGUGGAACUUCAUAUGCGAUACAUCCAGCUGCAGCGUGUCCUACAGGGAAAAAUGGCAGAACUUGAGAGACUGUGCUUGCGAGAGCGAGAACUCUUACAGGGCAAAUGGAAGACACACAGCCUCCCUGCAAGAAAGAAAGCUAGUGCAUCUGGAUCUGGUGAUGCUACCACACCGACACAAACUGAAGGUUCAGAAUUUGGAUACUGUCGACCAACAGUGUCAACUGAAGAUGUGGCAAGGGUGCAGCAGCAGCCACAGACACAACAACUCAUGAUGGCAUAUCAGUACUUGGAUCCCCGUUACCGAGCUUACAUGCUACAGCAGCCAUCAACAAGUAGUAGCGGGGAAUACCUUGUGAGCUGGCCUGGUCCUGUGCCUAGUCCACAUCAACGUUCCAUUUCUGGACACCACCACAACCACAGUCAUCAUCAUCACCAUCACCACCAUCAUCAUCAGUCACAUCAUCACCAUAAGACAUCAGACCAAUUGCCAGUCAGGCAUGGUUCAUCAAAAGGUUACCAUCAGACAAAUGGUGUGGCUGCAGCUGGACCAGGUGGCAGCACCAAAGCAUCGAAGUCAUCAAGCAAAGGUCAGGAACAGCAGCAGCAGCAGCAGCAACAACAACAACAACAACAACAGCAACAGCAACAACAACAGCAACAGCAGCAGCAACAACAACAUCAACAGCAGCAGCAGCAACAGGCUCAACAACAGACUCAUCAUUCAUCCCAUCAUCUGUGUAAUCCAUGCAUGCAAGCAAGCAACCAGGAUAGCUCAAGUCUUGAAGCUUAUGAUCUUGCCAGCCCUUGCUGUGAUCCUCACUGUGUGCCAUCAUCAAGAAGAAGAUCUCGGCAUCACAAAGAGCAUAGAAACAAUGGGCAUAGCAGUAAGAGCAGUUCAAAGUCUGUUCCUGAGUCUAAAGGGUGGAAAGAAAAAACUGGGCGUUCCGGCUCACAGCCAGCUCCUGUGACAACUACAGUUACCCAACCACAACGUUCACAUCGCUAUUUCAACUUUGGUGCUGGUCUGGUCAGCCAGUGCAGCCUACACUCAUGUACAUCAAGUGAAAUCAGUUGUACAGUGCCUGGUGCUACUGGUGGUGAGAGCAGUGCAGCGUCAUAUACCACAUCUCUAAGUACAGAUACGCUCUACUGGGAUCCCCCAACACAAGAGCAGCAGGGAACAUCAAGCCGAAAUCACUCAACCAAAACAGCAUCUGGUAAGCAAGGAACAUCUAACUCUUAUCACCAUCACCAUCACCAUCAUCAUCAUCAUCCAUCAAGUUCACAGCAACAAGACUCUAACUUUUCGUCUUAUAAUCCAGCAAAACCUGCCAAAUCUUGGGACAACCUAACAACAAAAGCCUUUGGUGGAUAUGGCUUUGGUUAUGGUUACCUAGACACUACAUCUGUGAAGAGUAGUGGGAAAGGCCACAGCAGGACCCAGAGCACCAAGGCAGGUGGCUCAUCACAGCAGGGCCGCAGUGGAGACCGGCGAGCACAAGGGAUGACACAGACUUCUUACGGCCACGACAGCCAACACCACAACCAUCACAGCCACCAUCAUAGAUAUGUGCAGCCCACUAAGUCUACGGAGAGUCUUCUCUUGCUUCCCAAAUAUGCAGGAGACCCCACAUUGUCCGACUCGAGCUUGAGCUGUGAUUGUCUAGAUGUGACAUCACCAGUGAAUGAUGGAAGCGGUGCAUGCUUUUUCCCUAGUUCGUCACCUAGUACAACACCUACUGCAGCAGUGGAACAAGGAGCAGCAUAUCAACAUCAGCAGCAGCAGCAACAACAACAACAGCUACAGAACAGUGUCUAUCAACAACAACAAAACAAAGCCAGCCAGACUGACAAUCAGCGAGCUCCACAGGAGAACAUGGCAGAAAUCACACACCUAUGACAAAAAGUUAACAGCCAGACUGAGGUCUAAAGGCUGUUUUGAAAAAAAACUGGGAUUGACCCUUAUUUUAAAUGAAAAGAAACAUUUCAGUGGACUUGAGAAACUUUUUGAAUGAGAUUCAAAACAAGUUAACUGUCUGAGUGUGUAAUCUAUUAUACGCAGCCAAAAGGACAAUGUGCUAUCUCAUAGUUCUGCUUACAAUACAUUACUAUUUAUUAUGUCCCUCCAUUGUUUGUAUAUUCAUGUAGAAAAGGGGCAAUAUCUACAUGAGCCAUGUGUUUGAAACAAAUGUUUCUCUCACAUACCAGCUUAUCUCUUUUUGUAACAAUGCUAGUCAUAUAUGAAACAGUUCACAAAGCAGGAUUUGUGUAUAGGUAAUGGGAUGUAAAAAUAGACAUGAGGCUCUCCAGUCAUGGAGCACUCUAUAUUCAUUUUUAUUUGUGUUGAGCUAAUUCAUUUUUAUGUGAAUUUAUUAAACAAAGAACAAAGGAAGAGGUACAUUCUUGUCAGAUUUUAUGAUGUACUGUUAACUGAAAUAAUGUUUGUAAAGCACUGUACUUGGAACAUAGGUAGACUAACUUCAAAUCUGGUGUUAACCCAGUUCAUUUGGAAAUACAAAGACUGUUUGGUGCCUUCAAAGAUGAUCUGUACUGUACUUAAGCAAAGGUCAGCUUAUUUGCAUCAGCUGUAAAAAGCUGAGGAAACAAAGUUGAGUUCUUUCUCCAACUAGUUCUCUACGGCAUCAUCAAAACAUAUUUUAAGCACAUUGGACACUGUGAUCUGCACCUUUACGUCUGGCAACUAGCAUGAAACUAAUCUGAUCAUUAGAUAUUUUCAGGAUGUCUAAAAUGUAUUGGCUUAUUUCCUUGUCUUCUGUGUGUCCUCAGCCAGAAUAAUACAGAGCAGCCCAAUUAUAGGAAUAAAUUAAAGCUACAGUUUUCUGAAGUUUACAACAUACUUCACAAAUUUAUGUGCAAAAGCUUUUAUAUCAUCAUUUUCCUAUAAGACAGCUAAAUAACAGAACAUGUUCGAUAAGUGAGUGCAAAUAAAUGCCCUAAAUGAAAGGAAAAUAAUAAAGGCACAGAAAGAUGCUGUGCAUGUUUAUGGAUGAGAAUGUGCUUCACUAUCUCAGUGAGAUAUUGAGAAUACUGUAUCUCAUUCAGACAGAUAGAAAAGAAAGUUCAGUUUGCGAAUAAAACCCAAAUUUUGUUUUUCGCAGUAAACAGAAAAUGUCAUCAUGAGCAUUCAGCUACACCUAAAACAGAUUUUCAUUAAUGUGCAUAGCAAACAAUUUCAUGUUUUUCAUAUUAAAAAUUUCCAAAACUCCACUUCCUGGUAUUUAAUUCUGCUCCAGUUGAUACUCGCAAACUGAAACUUCAUCAGUACAGCAAAAUGCCUAUAGUUAAUCUGGCCAUAAUUCAGAAGAAAAUAGGACUCACUCUUGUACUCACUUUACAUUUCCAUCUUUAUUGAUGAGUCUUCUAUAAACGUUUCCUAUAAAUGUUAGACUGUUAAAAUGUCAUGUUCAAUUGUACUUUUAAGUCAGUUAAAAUGCUAUAGCAAACAGUACUUAAGAUUUACCAUUAACAAGAUCCCUGCCGGUGUGUUCUUUAAUGGGGAAGGCAAUUUGCUUGUGCGUUUUCCCAGUGUGCAUACUUUUUUCUUUGCAGCAAGUGAUACUUAUGAAGAAUGAUUCAAAAUUCAUAAUAAUGUUGACUUGUUGACUCAUUACAAAGUUAAUUUAGACUAUUUUUUAAGCAUUAGGAUGCUUAUUGUUUUCCAUACAAACAAAAGCUGUGACAGACAUACAGAGCCAUUAGGCAAGUGAUACUCAAGCAUCGAAAAAAGUAGUAAUCUUUCAAAUUGUACAUAAACAAUAAAAAGUUGUCAGUGUAAUAAAGACAAGUGGUGGACCAGUAGUAGAAAAUUAUGUUGUUUUUGAUGUAAUUAGAGCAAGACUUCAUUAUAGUAAUUAAAAUUAUUGUGUAACUACAUGAAAAUUGCUUGUAGCACUCAACAGAAGGAGAAUACUAAACUAUAUAGUCUGAAUGGAUGAAUGAAUGUUCCUUUUCUGUAAGAUGUGAUAAAAAAAUCCAAAGUUUGAGGUGUGUCUCUACCAAAGAUUUAGACUGAUUGAAUAGGCAGCAUUCUUCAGUGCUAAUGGUCAUAUCUGUGAUCACAUUCAUUUAUUAAAUGCUAUUCCUCAGUACAAUAUUACUUAGUCAAAUUAACAAUGAACAUUUUUGCAUUGUUUUUCAAAUGCCUGAAAGUGUGUAUGUAUGUGUGUGUGUGUGUGUGUGUGUGUGUGUGUGUGUGUGUGUGUGUGUGUCUAAAAGAAACUUGUACACUUUCUUUUUUAAUGUUGAUGUAUAUUUUACAUCAUCAUAUGCUGAUCCAAAGAAAAGUGAACAAGUGAUUCAGGAAGUCAUAUAAUGUAUGGGAAUAACUGCAUUCUCAUCAAAAUAUUCUAGCAAAUAAGUAAUCUUUAAUCCUACAUUUACAGUACAGUAUUUAAUUGUGGGAGUUAUUUAAAUGCUGUAAAUAAUCUUGUAUAUAAUGUUUAAUAUUAAGAACAAAUGAUAAAGGAAACCAAUAAUCUGAGUAUGAAAUUAUUAUGUGUAAACUUUUUCUGAAAAUAAUAAAAUUUCAUCACAUACAACUGUAAAA